AUGAUCCUUGAUGAGAACGACCAGAGGAACCGGGCAGCCAACGCGAAACAUGCAUGGGAUUUCGCGGUAUUGGUGGUCAAGACUAUUGCCGUCCUCAUCAUAUACUUCCACUUCAUAUCGCAUGUCAAGGGCUCGGUUAAGGACACCACUGCCAUCCGCCAGUCCGCCCCCGUCCUCGACUACGAUACUAUUCGCGAGUCUCUAUAUGCCGACCUGCGUAAGGCCGUGUUCGAAGAUGUUAAAGAAAUGGUCAUUGCAGCCAAGUUUAUUGUCCGCAAAGAAUAG